AACAUUCGCAUCGAAUUUUUAAGCACAAUUUUAUCAAAUCGGGAAGUCAAAUUUUUUGGAAAUAUUUUUUGACGAAAAUGGGUUCUAAUGAAAAUGAAACAGAAAAAAACUCACUAAGUACGGAAAAAUUCUCGUCUCCUGAAAACGAUUUGAUUUCAGAUAGUGCUGAUCGACCAUCCACACCGGCAAAACCUCCGACAAAGAACUCGGAAGUAACUUGCGGUUUGCAUUUUGAACUAGGUGGGGAUCCGCCAACCGACUCUACACUGAAUUCGUCAAAUACAUCAAAUACGUUAAACAUGGGUGGUCCACCGACAGAAACGCAAACCUACUGUUUACGUUGGAAUAAUCACAAAUCAAAUUUGGUUGAGAUCUUAGAUGCUCUAGUUAAAGUUGAAAGCUAUGUAGACUGCACCAUUGUUGUUGAUGAUCAUGUUCAGUUUAAAGCUCAUCGCGUUGUGUUGGCUGCAAACUCUCCGUAUUUUCAGUCAAUAUUGCAAGACGUUCCAAUGGAUCACUGCAGCAUCAUUUUUCCUGGGGUCAAGGCCUUUGAAAUGCGUGCUCUGCUCGAAUAUAUGUAUACCGGUGAAGUUAAUGUUACACAAAGUCAAAUACCUAAAAUUAUGAAAAUAGCUGGAGAUCUUGAGGUAAAGGGUCUCUUCGAUAUGGCAGAUCUCAGAGAGAAAUUCAAGAGCAACAACACAGACCAUCAUGAGCGCAUCGGCAAUCCUUUCGUUAACUCUGCUGGUAUCACAAUUCCACCAUACACAGCUGCUGCAGUAGCUACGGCUUCGUCAACAGCCGACGCAGAAAAUGGUAAAAAUCAUGUUGAUAUACAAAACGCUCAUAAUUCCUCAUCCGUGAUCUCUACAUCGUCGAAUAUCUCACCGUCUGCUGCACCAACAAGCAGCUCAUCACCGCCUUACAACAACUUUAAGCCCACUUAUCCCACUUUAUAUGGUAAAGCAACAACACCACCCACAACAGCGGCGAGUGCAACACCUCAACCGAUUAGUAAUGUAAACUUACCACAAACGUCACCCGCAUAUGCACAUCAACAAUCCAAUCCUUCUGAACGCGUAAGUGGAGCUUGGCCCAUUUCUCCAAACUCUGCCGCUGCUAUGUUAAGUUCAGUUUAUGAAUCUGCACCUGAUAUGAAUCCCCUCAAGCGCAAAAAGCUUUCAUCGAUAUCUAGCAUGUUAAUGAAUCGCGAUACACCUAUUUUACGGAACGUAUUGGCUCAAGCAAAUCCAGCCGACUCUUCUCAACCAUUACCACUAAUGCUCCCCGGGGGUGUUAAAAACGAGAAUUCUGUUAUAGAAAAAACUUCACAACACAGUGCCACUGUGAGGCCACAAAGCAGCAAUCACAGCGUCAAUGGUUCUGACUACAGCAGUGAUAAGAAAUACAACGACGAACCACACUCGCCCUAUACUGAUCAUUCUUUUGAAGAGGACGGCUUCACGCCGAAGCGCAAUUUCAGUGGAAGUUUCAACAGCAAUGGCAAUAAUCAGAAGCCAGAGUGGAAGCGCUAUAAACAAUACACCCGUAAUGAUAUUAUGUCGGCCAUACAGUGUGUCCGAAAUGGUAUGAGCGCUUUGCAGGCUUCACGUAAGUUUAAUGUACCCUCGCGCACACUUUACGAUAAGGUUAAGAAGUUAGGUAUUACCACCGGUCGGCCAAUGAAUCGCACAAUGAAGCGUAGUCCAAGUAGCAUGGAAGCAUCAGCGGCUUUUCCAUAUGCGCAAGGAUUUGGACACGCCGAGCCUAUUCUAUCAUCGAUGCACGAAGGUGUACACGAGGAACGCGACACGAAGGAACAGCGCAUCAGUGAACGUCACCAUCUACCAAACACUAUUUCUCAUUCAGCGGCAUCAUUACUAGAUCAUCCAUUCAUCCAACAAGCACUCGAAAAUCGCGGAGCGGACAUUGGGGGACGUGGUGCAUUACAUGCUAUGGCAUUUGCUGCUGCUGCGCAUGCAGCUGUGAAUCGCAUACCAACUAGUCCGAGUAGUAAUUCAGGUAGACGAACGCCAAGCCCCAGCCACUAUUCGAUCAAAUACGAUCACGAAAGCGAGCGUGAACUAUUGCUGGAACGUGAACGUGAAAAAGAACGUCGAUUAGUGCUGGAACGCGACAUAGAUAUCGAGCGUGAAUGCGAAAUCGAACGAAACCUUGAGCGUGAGCGUGAACGAGAACAAGAACGUGAAGAUCUUCACCAUGACGAAAUAGAUGAAGAUCACGAUCCUGAAGACUUGAGCAUUGCGCGCAAACAAGACUGUAAAUCACCAGACUUGCAACGCCAUGCCAGUACACCGCAUUCUCCGUCCUAUGCGGAAAACGGCAGUGGUGUCAUUAUGCAUCCAAUGCAUGCCAAGGUUAACAGCGAAGAGUUUGCAUCUGAGAAUGCAGCAAAACUGAUGCGCGACGAAGAAAACAACACCGACUGAUUGAUGCUGUCUAUGGCCUGGCAAUAUGCUGCAGACAGUUGUUACGAUUCUUUGUUGUUAUUUGGUCGUUGACGCGAAUUUUUGAUGUUUUUGCCUCCAUUUUAUUAAUUUAAUUUUGUUUUUUCUUUUUUUUUGUUACUAUUAAGUUUCAUGUUAGUGUUUUCAAAAUACUGGGCAGUCUCUGAGCACCACUAUUUUUUAGGGUGACCAUAGGUCUUUUUUUUUUGUAUCGACACUAAUUUAAAACUAAGCACUGGGGAUUAUUUUAGUUUUUCGAAAGUGCAAUUUGGGUGGGAUUGUAAGAAAUGCAUUUUUCUAAAAUUAUGCAUUGUAAUUCAUUCUAGCGUAUAUUGUAAAAUUUUAAUUAAAUGUUUAAUGUAUGGUAUAAGCAAUAGAAAUUUACAAUUAAAACAAUUUUGCCGAUAAUAAGCGACGCUUAAAACGUUGCAAUUUUCAAUUUAAUUUAUAAAAUAUUUUACAAAUUUCGUCUUAUGUGCGAAAAUAUAAACGGUGAAAUGGCUUUAAGGAAAUCAAAUAUGCAUAAAUUUAGAAGUAAAAAUCAAUUGCACAUAGUGUAAGAAAUACUAUUAAAACUUUUAGAAUAUUUCACAUUGCUCAAGUACUCUGCAUAAAAUUAUUUACACUGAAAAUUAUUAAUACCUUAAUGUGUAAUUAUUAAAAGAAUCAAAUUAAUUAAUAGUGUAACAAAUUUGUCAAGAUUAAUAUAUCACCGUGUGCCUAAAAAGGUUUUUAAAAAUCUUAUAUCAUUAAUAUUAGACCUUUAGAUUAUACAUUUAGUUUAGUUUAACAGAUUAUCAGUUUAAGCACUCAAAUUUAACACGUUUUUCAAAGGCUGCGAAAAAAUGUGCUGUAAAUUUGUUGCCAUUAAAUCAAAUCAUUUUAUGCAAUUUCCUCACAAUUUGUCAAACACUUCAUGUUUCCUAGUUAAAAUCAAAAUAUAUGUCAUAAAUAUUUAUUAUAAGACUGAUGAGGAAAGGCAUAAAUAUUUUUUGAGCAUAAAAACACGCAAAGUAAACACAAGAGUUUGCGUUAAUA